CCAACACAGAAUAGGACGAUUACUGAUAAUAGUUGUAUACGUUUUAAAGUGGUUGGAAUUUAACAUGGCCCAUAAACUUACUCCAGAUGAGCUCGAGGAGAUGCGGCAGGCGUUCCGCGUAUUCGACAAGGACGACGACGGCACUAUCUCGACGCACGAGCUGCGGACCGUGAUGCGCUCCCUGGGCCAGGACCCGACGCAAGAGGAACUGGAAGACAUCGUCCGGCAGGCCGACACCGACGGUGACGGUGUGAUCGAGUUUGACGAGUUUAUCGCCCUGAUGACGAAGCAGCUCGCCGCAUCCGGCACAGAGAAGGAUAUCAUGGAGGCGUUCAAGGUGUUCGACCCGACAAACAAAGGCUACAUACUGGCAACCGACCUACGACACAUCAUGGCGACCAAGGGGGACAGAAUGACGGACGAGGAGGUGGAUGAAAUGAUUGAGGACGCCGAUCUAGAUGGUGACGGACAUAUUGAAUACCAGGAGUUUGUAAAGAUGCUGUGCCAGAAAUGAACAGCCCCCUUAUUUCUAGAAAAACAGCACCGUUCCAACCGCAAUAUGGACAUUCGAAUUAUUGGACAGUUGCUUAAUUUUCACGCUGAGUGUUCCCGUUCAAUGACGUCAGGAGCAUUAUCUACGAUCUGUUAACAUUAGUGUACAUAACGCGAUCUGAACCACAUUUGAGUUGAUAUCUUGAAUUUAAGCACUUUGUACAAACUAUAGACCAAUAUCAAACAUAUGCUCGUAUUUUUCAGAUAUUGAGAAACUCUUAAGUUUUUUCCUCUGAAGAAUAAAUACCCAAUCGGAUGCUUCUCGAUAAAAGAUCGAACUCACGACCUCCCUCUCUCAAAUAACUACGCUUUUUCUUGUAUCAAUUUGAUAUAUCACAAUCAUAUGAGAUCACAGUGUAGAUAAUUGUGAUUCUUGUCCAUGCUAUCAUUGAUUUCGGAGUGAUUGACUUGAGUAUUUGCUAGCUCAUGGUGGUAAUUUGUUUUGUUUACUUUGUCGUUAUUAUUGUUUUUAAUCCAUAUGUAUGCACACAUUGUCGAAGAUCGAGCAUUUGUAAUCACAAACAAUAAGUUCCCUAUGUUUUCAACCGCCAAACAAACAUAGUGAUUAAUUAUGUCAAUAGUAUAACAUGCAUUUACAAAUGCAUUGUUU